AAGCUGUAACGCGCGCUGCGAAUUAGGACUGCACGUUUUGCUAAAAGCGUUACUUUGAGCGUGUACAGAAUGUACAGAACACUUUCAAGAUAUGUCAUUUGUGGAUGUGGAUACAUUUUACAUUGAGAACAGUUACAAAAUGAGUGCUUACGGACAUUUGUAUUCACGUGUAGCCCGCGUGGGUCACUCCUCUUCACCGUGACACGUCUUUCUAAAGGUCCGUUGACCACAUUGUUUCCAGCCAUUUCUUACAUCCCACAUUCAAUCAGCUAAAACCGAGGUUUCGUUGCCAAGAUAAGUAGCGGACUCUCCGGGCAGAGGGACGCGGGUUCAGAGGUUGACAUGAACCCGCCGAAGAGGCUCCGCACCACAGACAAUGAAGCAGAGGACAGGGGAGCAGUAGAUGUGAGUGUUGUCGUGCCAAUGUACAAUGCAUCCUGUUGGCUGGACGAAUGUCUGCAGGCCAUAUUACACCAAGACUUCACUGGAACCAUGGAGCUCUCUGUCUUUGACGACGCAAGCACUGAUGACUCCAGGAACGUGGUGGAGCGUUGGAGGGAGAGGUUGGAGGCGAGGGGCAUCUCAGUAGUGGUCUCCGGCCACAACUUUGCCCAACCCAGAGGAGUGGGAUAUGCAAAGAAUAAGGCAAUAUCCCAGAGUUGUGGACAUUACUUCUGCUUUCAAGAUGCGGAUGACGUUAUGUUACCGCAAAGAGUUCGUCUGCAGUAUGAGGCAUCCACCCUCCACCCAAACUCUCUGAUUGGUUGUAAAGUUCAGAGGGUUCCAGAGGGAUCUACGGAGCGUUACACUCGCUGGAUCAACACAAUCACUCAGGAUCAGCUCAUCACACAGGUGUACACGUCUCAUGGGCCCACAGUCGUCAUGCCGACAUGGUUCUGCUCAAGGAACUGGUACCUAAAGGUGGGACCGUUUGAUGAGGGAGGCAAGGGAGUCCCGGAGGACUUGCUCUUCUUCUACCAGAGUCUUCGUCAAGGCACUGAGUCUCUUGUUACCAACGAGAGGUUGCCAGGCAACCAGCAAAGACUCGAGGAACUCCCUGCUCCCAUCCAAGAAACUGUCCAGGUCAUCUCCUCUGUUUCCAGGGAAACCAUUUGGAAGCUGCGAGUGGACUUCCUGCAGGAGAGAGUUCUCAACCAGUGGGAGAGCUUCACCAUAUGGAACGCAGGGAAACAGGGCCGGAAGCUGUACCGAAGCUUGAGCCCGACCAAUCAGAAGAAGGUCAAGGCUUUCUGUGAUGUCGAUGAUAACAAGAUCCAGAAAGGCUUUUACACAUACGAGGAAUCCAAGCAAAGACCUAAGCCAAAAAUCCCAGUUCUACACUACAAAGACGCCUCCGCCCCCUUCAUUAUCUGUGUUAAACUGGACAUGACAGGAGGCGUUCUGGAGGAAAACCUUAACUCUCUGCAGCUAAAGGAAGGAAAGGAUUACUACCAUUUCAACUGACGCCUCAGUGUGACGGAGAUAACAAAAGGAGCCCUGCAGCUUCAACAGGCUCAGAGGAACUGAGUAAUAGGCAGGUGACAACAAGAGAAAAGCGAACUGAACACUGUAACAGAGUCAAUGACAAUACCGAAACCACAGAAAGAUAUGUUAUAAUGUAUUUUAAGUGUUUGAUGAAAUUGAACAUACUCAAAGGUUUGACUUGGCAAAGUUGACAAAACUGCACAACAGUACAUCCCAGCCCUGUUUCCUCUGCCUCACAAAACAGCCCUGGGAUAGUUAUUAGCUAUUGUUGUUAGAUGAGAAAAACAAUACCACUUCCAUAUCUGUUCAUUAAAUAUGAAGCUACAGCCAGAUUAGUUUAGCACAAAGACUGGAAACAGGGGGAAACAGCCAGCUUGACUCUGUCCAAAGGUAACAAAAUGUGCUAGCACCUCUUAAGAUCACAUAUCAACAUGUUAAAUCUUAAUCUGUACAGAAAACAUAGUGUAUAAAUUACUUUUUGAAUUUGCUGAUUUUCUUCAAUGGUCUUUAUGCUAAGCUAAGCUAACCUUCUCCUGGCUUUAGCUACAUAUUUAACUGACAUAUACAUCAUAAGAGGGGCAUUGAUCUUCUUCUCAAAUACAGGCAAGAAAACUAAUAUGCUUAUUUCCCAAAAUGUCAAACUAUUCCUUUGAAAGGUUUGAACAUGGGUGUUUAGGCUCAUACUGUAGAGUUAACUAUAACCUGACCUAGAGUUAAAAGAGAUGGAAAGAAAGAAAACAUGUAGGGGUAAUUUGGUAAUUGAAUUACAAAGAAGAGGCCCUUAUGUAUUUCUCUUCGGGGGACAGCUAUUUAUCGUGCAAGAGGAAAUGACGAUUGCCAGUGUUGACCAUUGGAGGAAUAAAAUGUUGUCGUUUUUUAA